GGGGCGCCCCCUGAUGGCGAUGCUGGGCUGCCUUCCUUCCUUCUUUUCCGGCGGCCAUGCGGGACUCAGCCCUGAAAGCGGGCCUGGUGGGGCUGGCGGUGGGCGCCGGCGUGUGCUGGGCCCUCUAUGGCCUGGCCUCCAGGAGAAGGAGGCGCCGCAAGGGAGCGGACCCAGGGGAAAGGGAGCCAAGCGCCCUCUUGCGAGCAGCUUCGGCCCUCCCCUUGGUUUCCAACUCGAGUGGCCAGAGAGAGGCCGCCACUCCUCAGCAAGCAGGCAUUGACUUUCCAAACUCGCCUCAUGGUUUGGGAACAGAUGACCUACAAAAUCUAAUUUAUUUACUUGAGUCUACAAAGGACUCUGCCAUUCAGGAGCAAGUUCUGAUUACAUUGAGCAACAGUGCUGCAUUUUCAAUAAAUCAGGAUACCAUUCGAAAUUUAGGUGGCCUCCCUGUUGUUGGAAAAAUGCUUUCAGUUCCUGUCGCUAACAUUAAAGAGAAAGCCCUGAAUGCGCUUAAUAACCUGAGUAUGAAUAUUGAAAAUCAGGAAGUGAUAAAGGCAUACAUUGCCAGAGUCUGUGAGGAAACCUGUUCAGCUCCCUUGAACUCUGAACUGCAGCUAGCUGGGCUUCGGCUUUUAACCAAUAUGUCUGUUACCAAUAACUAUCACUCCAUGAUGAUUAGCUCCAUACCAGGCUUUCUCUAUUUGCUUUCAGCGGGAAAUGAAAGAACACAGGUUCACGUUCUGAGAGUGCUUGUGAAUUUGUCAGCAAACCCAGCUAUGACAGAACAUCUUCUUAAGGCUCAGGCACCUUUUCUGUUAUCUCUGUUUGAUAGCUGUACAAAAGAAGAUGUUUUGCUCAGACUGUUGGUGUUCGUCACAAACUUGGCAAAGCAUAUGAAAAAGGACAAAAAUACUGUUCAUUACGAGUACAACGAAGAUUCAGUUUUUUCUGUUCUGUGGGGGGAUUCUACAUUGUGCGCUCAAAAACUGGCUUCUUUAUUCCACCACCAUGAUAUGGAAGUCAGAGAACAAGUUGCCAAACUAAUAAGUCAGCAAUGCUGACAUCACCAAUUAUACUGUUCAAGUCCUCUCUUCAAAUCUUGAAAAUCCUUUAUGGAGGAUGUAGAUCAAAAUUUGGGCUAUGUGAUGAAGGAUGUCGUGUGCUUUUGAGAUUCUUCACCAAAAACUACAGAUGUGACCUUCUCAUUCCAAGAUCAAUUGAAACCAAAGAACACGGAGUUGAAAAUUGUUAUUCGUGUUAUUCGGAUUAAAUGGACCAGGCCACAGUUGGUCCUACAGGCUUCUUGUCUAGAAUACAAGCAUCAAUAAGACAAAAGAAAGAACGACAUCCUUGAAAGUGGCAAUUUUGUGAAUGCAUUUCAACUAUUAUUUAUUUACAGUAUUUGUAUACAUCUUUUCUCACUCCAAGGGGGACUCAAAGUGGUUUAACUAGUGUGCUUCUUGGGAGUAAAGGAUUUUUCCAUGCUGUUAGCCCUGGACUAUAUGUUGUUUAUACAUGGAAUCAAUCAGUAAUACACUUUAUUGCAUUUAAAAUCAUGCCUUUCAUAUUUUUGUGGGACUUAUUUAACCAUCUCUGUUGCUCUACAUGGACAGAAAAUCAGGCCCCUGACUCAUCAUUGGCUCCCACCCUGUUAUAAACUAUAAAUAAACAGGGCUGAAAGUGAAA